AUGUCAAAAAUUUCUAACUCAUCUGACGAUCUUCCUGCCGUCGAUUUCGAUCAUUUGAAGAAAUUUGAAAGCAGAAUUAAUUCCGCAAUCAGCGAAUUCGAAGAAAAGCAAUGCACUGGCUAUAGCUACUAAGUCAUUAAAAACAUUUAAUAAGAAGUUGAUUAAUAUUUCUUGAUGAAUGAGAAACCUGAUUCAAAAGAGUUCAUUGAUUUAAUGACAUAAAUUUGCACAAAAUUAAAUGAAAAUCCUAUUGUCGACUCUAUUAACGAAUAAUUCUAAAGAAAGCCUUCAUAAAAAUACAGCAGCUACACUAAUUACAUCAGCUAGCCAACUUAAGACUUAGAUAUUGACGAAGAAAUACAAAUUGAAAGCUUUGUCCAUUACAAGAAUCAUCAGGUUAGAUAUCAAGAACUUGAUAAUUUACAAGAUUUAAAUUUGGCAAAAUCUCAUAGUAAUAGAUCUAAUUUAUAGUAAAAAUUGCAACAACUUAAUGGCAAUAACAUUAACAUCAGCACUCCUGCUGCUGUAGAAUCUGUUCCCACAAAAAGUGAUUUUGAAAUUCAUAUGGAAAAAGCAAAUUCUCACAUUAAGGAUAUUGAGGAACUCUUAGAUUCCAGAAAAAUACUUGCAGCAAAUAGAAAGGUCCUUAAAAUUGAAUAGAUUCUAAGUGAAUGUGAAGAACUUGAUCUUUCAGAACAAUAAAAAAAGACUAUCGAAGAAUUCAAAGAGAAGAAUUUCAAACUCAUUGAACUUAUUAAGGAUGAAACAGACUUGAUCAACUACAACCUUGAAGUUCUUUAAGUAGAAGAGGGCUGGAUUACCGAAAAAGAAAAAGGAAAAAUUAAAAUUUCUUAUUAAUACCCUGAUUCUAAUUCUUUGAGUCUCAGAAUGGAAAGCGAACUUGAUCUUCCUCUAAGAAAUCUUCUUUGCUUGGGUAACGAAUUUGAAUACUUUAAGGACUAUGUUCCAUUCGUUGAGGAAGGUAAAUUAGUUAAGGAUAUCCGUAGAGCCAGUAAAAUUGGAUAUGCUUGCAUGGAUGUCCCUAUGGUUUCUAAGAGAGAAUGUUAUUUCUAUGGUACUGGUUACAAUUUACUUGAUGAAAUUGGCAGUAUCCCACUCGUUUCCAAAUCUAUUCAUAGCGACCCUGAAUUUUGCCGUAAAAUUGAUCUUUAAAUUCCCAAAACAACUAAAUAUGUUAGACUCGAAUAUAAAUACUAUGUAUUCAAUAUUAUACCUUUAGGCCCUAAUAAAUGCUAUGUCAAAAUUGUACUAAAUGUUGACUAUAAAAUUCCACUUGUACCUAAAUCUAUUUAAAAUUGGUGUGCUCGUAAAUUCUCCCUUUAUUUCUUCGAAAGAAUUAUCAAAAAAGCUACAAACUUCGCAGGUACUAAUUGGGAAAAAGCUAUGAUUAAAAAUAAAGAAUUUUAUGACUGGCUUGAAUCAUAAAUAUAAGAAUUCUUAAAAAAUUGUGAUUUGACAGAUAAUUCUAAUACUUUAUAAUAGGCAAAGGAUAAAAUUGCUGUCUACUUACAAAAGAAAAAAUAAGAAUAACAAUAGGAUGUUUGA